CUGACAACCCUCUGUGAAAAAAUACUUUAUUAUAUUUGGAAAAUUCUUAGUUUGUUUCAUAUUGUCAAUCAAUUAAAACUAAGAUAUUUUUGUGAAUAGAAUUGUUUCGCGCUAUUUUCUAAAUAAAUAUAUAGAGAAAAUGAAUAUAGAAUUUUUUAAUGAAGGUCUCGAAUGUCUCAUGUAUUGUGGACAGAAAUUAACACCAGAGCAAAAGGUUUUAAUUGAAAAUUCGCUUAUUGUUUUACAAAAUGAAAACCGUUUUUCUGGCAUGUACUUCUGGGGUCGUAUUAGUACAAUCACUAGAGACUACUACAUUGCUUUCGGCUACACUCACGACUGCCUGAAAGACCGGAAAUUUUUUUACACUCUAGAUGGAUAUCAAUGGAUGAUGUUGCCGUUUGUGCAUAGCCCGAAGAUUUUUCAAGCCACAAUUUUGUGUCGGGAGCCAUUCAUAGGAGAUCCCAUUCUUGUCACAUCCGUAGAGCUGGAUCCCACAUUUGAAAUUGGUGCCAAUCAAGUAAUUUCAGCUAAUGUGCCCGAGAGGGUUAAGUUAAAAGAAGAAGAACGACUCGCAGCAAUAGUAUUUAUUAUUACCGAAGAAUGUGCAGUUUGCCCUCGGGGUGCACUUUAUAAACUUACUGAUGGCCGCGUGAUACCAAACCAAAUGUUUCGUGGUCUCAAUGAUCUACAUGUGGAGAAUAUUUCAAACUAUCAAAUUCUUCGUUUACCUCGUUGCGAUUUAAAGCAUAACCUGCUUAAGCGAAGUGAUUACAAUUACGCCAUUGACUUCCUGGACUGCAUAGCCGAUGUUAUACCAUUAAGGCAAGCAUUUUCAUUAAACUUUGUACGAAACGAACGUUUAGUAAUUAUAAAAUCUUGCUUUUGGCCUGGAAUGACCUUUUUCCAUAAAAUAUACUCUCGAAAGCACGGAUUUCUUUAUUUUGGCAAUGGCAAAAAGAACUACGAUAUAUCUUUUAUGUAUUAGACAACUUUUGGAAUAAAAUGAAAUGUAAAAAUCUCCUA